AACGUAGAAAAUACAAUGAAAAGAGAAUAUAUGAGCUAGGUGCCAGGCCCCAGAAAGGUGUUAAAAUUCCAACACCCUUUUCGUUAGGAAUGCAAACUAAACGUCGUGAACGUGAAGAAAAAAAACUUCAGGAGGCAAAGGACCUGGGUCUAUAUCAUCACUCGAUAAAACAUAAUUGGGCUGGUUCCAAAUCUUCAAUUUCUAAAAAAAAUAAAAGAGAUAAAGGGAUUAAAAUGGGAAUUGGUAAAGUUAAAGGUG